AUGAAAUACAACCAGAAUUUUCUGUCUCCAGCCCAAUGUACAACCCAAAUUUUCUCUGUCAAGGCCAAAGUACAACCCAAAUUAUCUCUUGUCAAAGCCAAAGUUCAACCCAAAUUUCCUGUUACCAGACCAAUGUACAACCCAAAUUUCACGUCUCCAGCCCAAUGUACAACCCAAAUUUCCCGUUUCCAGUCAAAUGUACAACACACAAUUCACGUCUCCCAAUGCCUCAUCUCUCCAACCCACAUUUCACGUCGCACAACGUAUAACCUGUAUCCAGCCCAAUGUACAACCCAAAUUUCCCGUUUCCAGUCAAAUGUACAACACACAAUUCACGUCUCCCAAUGCCUCCUCUCUCCAACCCACAUUUCACGUCGCACAACGUAUAACCUGCAUCCAGCCCAAUGUACAACCCAAAUUUCCCGUUUCCAGUCAAAUGUACAACACACAAUUCACGUCUCCCAAUGCCUCCUCUCUCCAACCCACAUUUCACGUCGCACAACGUAUAACCUGCAUCCAGCCCAAUGUACAACCCAAAUUUCCUGUUUCCAGUCAAAUGUGCAACACACAAUUCACGUCUCCCAAUGCCUCCUCUCUCCACCCACAUUUCACGUCGCACAACGUAUAACCUGUAUCCAGCCCAAUGUACAACCCAAAUUUCCCGUUUCUAGUCAAAUGUACAACACACAAUUCACGUCUCCCAAUGCCUCCUCUCUCCAACCCACAUUUCACGUCGCACAACGUAUAACCUGCAUCCAGCCCAAUGUACAACCCAAAUUUCCCGUUUCCAGUCAAAUGUACAACACACAAGUCACGUCUCCCAAUGCCUCCUCUCUCCAACCCACAUUUCACGUCGCACAACGUAUAACCUGUAUCCAGCCCAAUGUACAACCCAAAUUUCCUGUUUCAGUCAAAUGUACAACACACAAUUCACGUCUCCCAAUGCCUCCUCUCUCCAACCCACAUUUCACGUCGCACAACUCAAAUGUACAACACACAGUCACGUCUCACAAUGCCUCCUCUCUCCAACCCACAUUUCACGUCGCACAACGUAUAACCUGUAUCCAGCCCAAUGUACAACCCAAAUUUCCCGUUUCCAGUCAAAUGUACAACACACAAUUCACGUCUCACAAUGCCUCCUCUCUCCAACCCACAUUUCACGUCGCACAACGUAUAACCUGCAUCCAGCCCAAUGUACAACCCAAAUUUCCCGUUUCCAGUCAAAUGUACAACACACAAUUCACGUCUCCCAAUGCCUCCUCUCUCCAACCCACAUUUCACGUCGCACAACGUAUAACCUGUAUCCAGCCCAAUGUACAACCCAAAUUUCCCGUUUCCAGGCAAAUGUACAACACACAAUUCACGUCUCCCAAUGCCUCCUCUCUCCAACCCACAUUUCACGUCGCACAACGUAUAACCUUCAAAUGUACAACACACCACGUCUCCCAAUACCUCCUCUCUCCAACCCACAUUUCACGUCGCACAACGUAUAACCUGCAUCCAGCCCAAUGUACAACCCAAAUUUCCCGUUUCCAGUCAAAUGUACAAACACAAUUCACGUCUCCCAAUGCCUCCUCUCUCCAACCCACAUUUCACGUCGCACAACGUAUAACCUGUAUCCAGCCCAAUGUACAACCCAAAUUUCCCGUUUCCAGUCAAAUGUACAACACACAAUUCACGUCUCCCAAUGCCUCCUCUCUCCAACCCACAUUUCACGUCGCACAACGUAUAACCUGUAUCCAGCCCAAUGUACAACCCAAAUUUCCCGUUUCCAGUCAAAUGUACAACACACAAUUCACGUCUCCCAAUGCCUCCUCUCUCCAACCCACAUUUCACGUCGCACAACGUAUAACCUGUAUCCAGCCCAAUGUACAACCCAAAUUUCUCCUCUCCUCCCCAAUGUAG